GUAAUUUCUUUGUCAAAAACGACCAUACCAAACUGGGAAUAUUUCCAUAUAAUGUAAUAAUAUUCAACAAAACUGACACAAUAGAGCUGGUAAUGUGAUCGCUAUUAUCCAUCAUAUAGGAUUUUAUUGAUUCGAAGGUUAAAGUUGUUUGGAUUGUAUUGUGCUCAAUCGCUGCCUUAGCUACUAUACGUUGAGCACACAUUAGAAUCAUUAAUGAACAAGAAGGAUUUAGUUAGGGCUCUCAAUAAAAAUGAUAAUCUCCCUGUAUGAUCAGGAGCACAUUAAAUAAGAAUAUUUCAGUGAUGUAGAUAUACAUUAUCAUAGCGACAGGGAACGUUUGGAAAUAAUGUGGACAAUGAAGAUCAAUGUGCUGCCGUUGAUGACAUGUUAGACAUCUUGGGCAUAAUUUAACAAAUAUGGAACAAGAUGUCAAUAUUCAGAAUUGGAUCGGGCAGGCAAAGUUUGACAGUGUUCCAACUGAGGGAAACGAUGGAGAACACAGGCGUAAACAGAGACAAACAAGUGCCCAAAUAAGGGAGCGAAAGAAGGAAAGGAGAAAAGAAGGGAUAAAGAAAGAAGUACGGAUAAAAGCAUGGAUUGGUAUUGAUGACGGAAGUCAGCAAAAACUAAAAGACACCCUUAAAGAAGUAGAUACUACACAUAAACAAGCUGAAGCUAAAAAGAAACGAGAGAAAGAAAAAGCUGCAAGAGAACGUGCUGAACGGGAGAAAACUAAGUUAGAACAAAAUGCUAAUGUUAAAGAGGGAGAGGGUGAAGCUGAUGCAAACAAUGGAACAGCAGAUAAUGAUAAGAGUGCAAUAGACGACGCUGACAGUGCCAUAGGGGAUGAAGCAAGUAGUAAACUUGGAGAAAGUAUGGAGAAGAAGUUAGUGGGGAAAAAGAAACAUGAAGAAGAUGAGGAAGAAGAAUAUAAGGAGCCUGAACCAUAUGUUUGGACAGACGAGGAAAUAGCUGCAGUACAAGAGGAGUUGUAUCAAGCAGUGAAAUUGAGCCAGAAGAGAGUAAUUGAGGAGCUUCUGGAACAUCCGUGUGAACCUGACAUCAACUGGAAAUAUUAUGGAGAGAAUCUACUGAUGUUGGCCAUACGGGAAAAGAAUGAGAAAAUGGCAUUGUUCCUUAUUGACAAUGGCAUAAACGUCAACCAUGCUGCUGACAGACUGAUGAAGGAUCUCACUGAGCUGGAGUCUUCAAAGAGAUUUAAGGUUUUCAAGUAUAGCUGUAGACAGAUGGCAUAUGACCGGGGAAUGACAAAACUGGUUGAUGUAAUAGAUUAUCAAAACAGGGAACUAUUUCCUUUUAUAACCCAUCCACGAUACAGAGAACCGGUGCUACGUAGAUCACGUUCUUUGUUAGAGCUAAUCAAAAUGGCUAAAAUAGCAGAGAUUCAGAUUGCCAAAGAGGAGGAACUGGGCUCAGAUGAUGAGCUAUGUGACUGUGAAUAUUGUGAACAAGAUAGGGAGAGUGAGGUUGAUGAGAAAAAGGUUGUUAAACCAGCUGUUGAGGACUCAGAGGAAGAAGAUGAGGAGGGAGAAGGGAAUGACGAUGAGGGUUAUGGUACAAUAUCACGGACUAGCUCGCCACAAGGAACAGUCUCUUGGCAUAACAGGCUGAGUAAUAUUUCUUAUAGUAGAAUGAUUAAUGCUGCAUCCAUGUCGACGUUGAAUGCUUUGAAUGGUGAACAAUUGCGCUUGUUGAAUGCUUCGCCUGUUGGUAAACCCAUUCCUUCCGUGUUUUCACUUCCUGUUGCCAAAGGUCACGUGAAGUGUCUAAGUAGUGCUCAUGAUGACAACAAAUUAUUGACCAGUAGCCCAGCAACUCCUGUCCAUGGAAGCUUCCAAGCCGAAUCUCGUUUAUGGUCACCAGAUUCAACCAAGUCUCAUCCAAAUGAACAUUCUGUACAAUCAACUCCCUUUAAACCAAAUAGGAAAGGUAAAUCUUCAGAAAUAGAUCCAAAUCAAAAACCUGAUCAAACUAGGUUUGCAUCCCCGUGGCGAAAUGACACUCAUGCAACUCGUAAACCUCCAAUCCCCGUAUUUACCAGGCGAAAUCGUCAUAACCGCCACCAAAACCCAAUCCCCUCACCAACUCCACCUACAGAAGACACUACAUUCCUGACAACAAGGAACAUUCGGCCACCACUCCACCAACCCAAAUUCAGACAAUCAAAAUAUAGUAGUAGUGGUCCCAACAACACAAAGACAAAGUGCACUUACUUAAGUGCACAUUUUGGGACUAAAACUAGAGUAUAUUCAGCCCCAGGAAUUAAGACUGAAACUGUUACACAUAACUGGCCUGGGUCUCUUACACGAUCUAAGACAACAGUUCAUUAGUUAGUCUUUUACACCCAUUUUGUAUCAGCAAUCAUUGUAAUUAAUGCAAUCAUACCAUUGUGCCAUUAGAAAUAAAUUGGGUUUACCAAUAUAAAUGUGAAUUUGUUGUUUCGUUGUGUGAUUCACGAGUGAUUUGAAAUACAUCAGGUAUACCCCCACGUCUAGAG